CCGGGCGCGCAUGCGCCGGCGACUGGCCGAGGGCUGCGGGGUCUCAGGGGCCACACCGGGCUCCCGGAGCGAAGGCGCUUCCGGCGCAGGUCGCGCGGCGGGGACGCAAGUUCCAGGAGGACCUGCGGCGACGUCUGACACACAGGCCCCGGCCGGCCAUGAAGAGCGACGCCUCCACCUCCGCAGCCCCCGUGAAGGGGCUUGGGGGGCCCCUGCGGAGCAGCGAGCCCCCGCGCGCCGCCGCGUCCUCGUCCCCCGCCGCGCACCUGCUGGAGGAGGCGGCCGAUCUCCUGGUGGUGCACCUGGACUUCCGCGCGGCGCUGGAGACCUGCGAGCGCGCCUGGCAGAUCCUGGCUGGCGACGCCCCUGCCGAGGGGCCCACGGGCUCCUCUGUGGAGGUGAAAUGCUCCUUGUGUGUUGUGGGGAUCCAGGCUCUGGCAGAAAUGGAUCGGUGGCAGGAAGUCCUCUCCUGGGUCCUUCAGUAUUACCAGGUCCCUGAAAAACUACCCCCCAAAGUCCUGGAGCUGUGCAUUCUUUUAUACAGCAAAAUGCAACAGCCUGGAGCUGUGCUGAAUGUAGUCAGUGCCUGGCUACAAGAUCCAGACAACCAGGGCCUUCCAGAAUAUGGAGCCUUAGCUGAACUCUACCUGCAGCGGGUGCUCCUGCCCCUGGGCCGCUUGUCCGAGGCCGAGGAGUUUGCAGUGGGCUCUCCUGCCCUUGGUGAGGAGCAGCGACUAGAAAUGCUCCAGGCUGUUCAUACAGUGAGGCAACAGCAUAAACAGGAGCAUUCAGGCUCCAUGGAUGUCCAGAAGCUGAACCGGGAAGGGUUGUUCUCCCAUAAAUUCCUGUCACUACUGAUGUUGCUUCGCCGGCUUUGGGACUCUGCAGUGAGCCACCUCCUUUCUCUGCCCUUGAGGAAAAGCCUCUUGGCUGCCUUGAUCCUCUGCGUCUUGAUGUUGAGGUUUGACCCAGCUUCUCCCUCUUCACUGCCCUUACUGUACCAGCUGGCUCAGCUCUUCCGCAGGAUCCGGAAGGCCACGUUUACUCAUCUUUACCCACUUGCCUCCAUGACUGAGUGGUUCUCUCUGAUUGCUUUCAGCCUCUCAUGUUCACACCCCACAGAAGCAGAGUAG